GGCUAGCAGCGCUGAGGAAGAGGAGGAGGAGAAGGAGGAGGUGGAGCGGGGUGUACCUGACACCUCCAGCCGCGCGUUGCAGCUCUCUUCCCCGCAGAAACACCCAGGACUCGCGCGCCACGGGUGCCUCCUUCUCUCGCAGGUUAGUUCACCGGAGCUGUGUGCAGUUUUAACGGGAAACACUGCUUCUGCUGGCUGACUGAAAACUCUUAAAAUAUAAUUAUUUUUAAAGCAACAAACACUGAAGACAGGGACCUUCUCCUGCUUCAUUCACUCGGACCCGAAAGCUUUUUUGAAAACAGGACUACUCUUCAUAAGAUGCGUCUCCCGGUGCUUCUCUGCGUGGUGCUCUGGGUGUCUGCAGCACCGGGCCCGGUGGCCGGGGCGGACCGGAGCUGCACCGACCUGCGGCAGUUCUACACCGGGAAAGGGUUCACUCUUUUGGAGGUACCCCAGACAGAGAUCUCCGGUGAACAUCUGAGGAUGUGUCCUCAGGGUCCAACUUGUUGUACCAGCUCCAUGGAGGAGAACCUGGCCGGUCUGAGCAGCCGAGAGACCGAGGGACUGAUCAGAGAGGCCGGCAGGUCGCUGCAGUCUGCCUUCAUCCCUCUCCACAGGAACUUUGACACAUAUUUCACUGAGCUGCACAGUCGCUCUGAGCGCUCCCUCCAGGAGGUGCUGUCUCCGCUCGGUGCCCUGUAUUCCCAGAACACUCGUCUCUUCGGAGAUCUCUACAACGACCUGAAACAGUACUAUCGGGGCUCCGCUCUCAACCUGGAUGAGACCCUGUCUGAGUUCUGGUCCCGCCUCCUGGAGCGUACCUUUAAAAUCUCCGCUCCCACAGAUGUCACCCUGUCAGAGGACUACCUUGAAUGUGUUGCUAAGCAACAGGAGACGCUGCGGCCAUUUGGAGACAUCCCACGGGACAUGAAGACGAAGCUGAUCCGCGCGUUUGUCACAGCCAGGUCGUUUGUCCAGGGGCUGAUGGUCAGUGGGGAGGUGGUCAAGAAGGUCUCACAGGUUCAUCUGAGUCCCGAGUGCACAAAGGCCCUGAUGAAGCUGGUUUACUGCCCCCACUGUCGUGGCAUUGCCUCCGUCAAACCCUGCUCCAAUUACUGUUCCAACGUCAUGAAGGGCUGCCUGGCCAACCAAGCUGACCUGGACCCCGAGUGGCAGAAUCUUAUUGACACCAUGAUCCAGGUGGCCUCUAGUUUCAGCAAGGAGCCCAGUCUCGACGUGGUUGUCUCCUCCAUCCCUGCUCGAAUCUACGAGGCCGUUCACUUCCUGCAGGAAAACAUGGACACAUUCACAACCAGAGUGUACCAGACUUGUGGAUUUCCAGGUGAACCAGGAACAGGAAGUCCCACUCCUCAUGAGCAGAGGAAGAAGAGCAGCUCCCUGACUGCAUCGGAGUACAAACCCUCUCCAACUGCGGGGCUCAGGCUGGAGAUGCAGGUGUCAGAUCUGUCCAGUAAGCUGAAGGAGAUGCGCGAGUACUGGACCCAGCUCCCUCUGGCACUGUGCAGCAAAAUGGCAGCAGGAGGCGGCAGCCAGGAUAAAUGCUGGAAUGGCAUUACGAAAGCCAGGUACCUCCCUGAGUUGAUGGGUGACGGCUUGGCCAAUCAGAUCAACAAUCCAGAAGUGGAGCUCGACAUCACAAAGCCAGACAUGACCAUCCGGCAGCAGAUCAUGCAACUCAAAAUCAUGAGCAACAGGCUGAAAAACGCUCUGGAUGGCAACGACGUGGACUUCCAGGAUGCAAGUGACGACAUCAGCGGCUCCGGAAGCGGGAUGUGCGUAGGUGGUCAGUGUCGCAGACCGGGGCUGUACGCCUACUCGCCAGACAAUAACCGAGUCAGAGGCGCAGCUACAUUUGAAACCCGCCUCAGUGGCCUCCUACUCCUGCUCCCACUGGCCAUCCUGUUGCUCCAGCGAUGAUGGACCGCCGCUGCCUCCAAUCAGACUCUGAAGUUUAGACGAGGGCUGAACCGCGGGAUGAACAAAAAGGGGUUUGGUGGGUGGGGGAGGGAGGGGGAGAUCUGAACGUUAACUUUGCCAAAAAAAUGAAAAAAGACAUCUUGGAGAAUAAAUGGAAGACAUUUUCUUUGAUCAGGAGGAGCGAAACAUGACAGUGACAAUAUUCUUUAUUUAGUUCUGCUCAGUUUUAAUGUCUCAGUUUGACUCGGUUUGAUUCAGUUUGUUGAGCUGGUUUCAAUGGAUUGUCGGAUGAAGAUGAGGAUGACGAAGGCGAAGAAGACAAAGAGAAUGAUGGCUGUUGAUGAUGAAGAUAUUGAGAAUGAUUUAUUGACACUGUCAGGUCCAUUUAGCUCCAGUUUCCAGUCUGCAGGCGGCAGAGCUCAGUGAAAAAAAUGCCCCGAAAUGUGGUGCGUUCAACAAGGCUUUUUUAUUUUAUUUCUUUUUUUAACUCGAGUCGAGGUCGUCUACCUUAACAAACAUUGUGUAAGUUGUAAAUGUUUGUGUACAUUAGCGAAAAAGACUGGCACCAUACUGAGCCAUGAAUGUACAGUAUAAUACUAUAUUGGCAAUGAACCCCCCUACACCCCCCCAUAAUUUGUGAUGUAGUCGUCCAGAUGUUUUGGUGUGUGUUGGCAUAAACAGAAACAUUCAGUAGGAUUUGUUUUUAAAUAUUGCAGAUAAAUUAUCACACUCCUGAAAAGUAUGAGAUGUUUUACCUCACUUUUAUUGUACACCCAACUAUUGCAAAGAAGAAAAGGAUAUGACUACCUUUCUAACCUGUGACCUUUGUAAAGAAACGAGUCUUCAAAGCACUUGUGAACAAGCACAGAAAAGCAGUUUAACUCAAGUUCUGCAUUUUUUCCUGCAAUGAAGACAAACUCACAACAUUGAUCUAAAACUUCUGGUUGCAGGAGCCACAAAAAUCUCCACAACACAUUUCAAAAUGCAGGAAUAGUAGAGAGGACUCCUUGUUGAACGCACACCUGCGUUAAGUAACUUUAAAUAAAGCAACACAGUGGCUGAUAUACAGUACGUCAAACCAAAGCACUUAUUACACUUUUUUACCUUUUUUGACAGCCGACAAAGCCCCGAGUAUGUUGAAUAACAACCCUGUCACCAGGUUUUGUAACUGCAUAUGUUAAAGGGAAAAAAGCAUUAAGAAGGUUUUGUACAUACAGUACAGGAUAUGUGCAGCAUAUUGACAACAUGUAUACUUUUGCCUGGUGAUGCAUCAUUUACUCGGCAUGCCUUUCUUUCAGUCUACACUACUACAGUAUACUGGUACAUAUGAGACAAGUCUCUUGCACAUAACACACAAUUACACACACUGAGGUUGUGUAUUAAGGUCGUUUUUAUUCAUCAGUGUAUUUAAUCACACAUUUCAUUCAUUAAACUCUGUUUGAUUGUAGCAGUGGAUUUUGCCAUGUACAUUUUGAUUUGAUGCUUGCUGAUUAGAAUCCGUUAAUAAGAAUCUUCAUCUUUUUUUUAAAUGGGCACAGAUUUUACAUAUAAAGGUCAGUUUACUCAUCUUGAGGAGUGCAACUCAGGCUGAAUCCCAUUACCACCCCUUACCACUGCCCCUUCCUCUACCCUUCUGUCUUCCCCUCUCCCCUCAAUACACAGUUGUUGGUGAUAGGGGUAAGAACGUUCCCCUAAGAAAUGAGACACCCCUCCAUCAUCAUAGCUUGCCGCUCGCGGACUGUUACGUCGCCGGUUUGACUCCGGCCUGCAGCUAUUCUGUGUGGAGUUGCAUGUUCUCCCCGUGUCAGCAUGGGUUCUCACCAGGUACUCCAGGUUCCUCCCACAGUCCAAAAACAUGCACUUGAUUGGUGACUCUAAAUUGCCUGUAGGUGUGAAUGAGAGCGUGAUUGUCUCUAUGUGUCUGCCCUGCGAUAGUAAAUGGUAAAUAGUAAAUGGACCUGCACUUAUAUAUUGCUUUGUCAUGCUGUAUUGCUUAUUAGUCGCUUUGCGACCUCUCAAAGUGCUUUACACUACAGACUGCGCUCAUUCACCCAUUCACGCAUACAUUCAUACAGGUGGCAGAGGCUACCCUAAACGGUGCCACCUGCCACCAUUGGCACCGAUGAACGCAGCAUUGGGAGCAAUUUGGGGUUCAGUAUCUUGCUCAAGGACACUUCGACAUGUAGGCUGCCAUGGUCAGGGAUCGGACCACCGACCCCCCGAUCAGUGGGCACCGCCGGCCCUGAUAGUCUGGCGACCUGUCCAAGGUGUAUCCCGCCUCUCGCCCAAUGUCAGCUGGGAUCGGCUCCAGCCCCCUGCGACCUGAAUGUGGAUAAGCAGUUAAGCAUAAUGAAAAAAUGAAUAAAGUUUUUCAGGAUUGAAUAUUUGAUUAUUUUCAUAAGUAACAAUCGCAGCCAGUCAGUGGCAAAUCGUUGCAUAGGCUGUGCAAUUGCCCUUACAGCUCACAGCGCUCUCACUCAGUAUUGGUCCAAUUUAAAACAUUGUUGUGCCCACUAAUCACUUAAACAUAAAACAUGGGAAGAAGGGUCCAAAAAUAAUAAUAAAGAAUUUCCACUUUCACUUAUAAUCUUGCACCAUCAUCAGGUAGAUAUUUUUAUUUCUUCAAUAUUUUGGUUUAUGCAAAACUAAUGACAUUGUCGUCAGCCUCAGCCUCACACAAACUAAAGGUAAACUAAAAUGAUGAACAUGGUAAACACUCCACCUGCUUGGCAUCAAUCAAUAUGUUAGCAUCAUCAUUUAGAGCAUGUUAUAACGCAAAUGUUCACAUUCAGCUCAAAGAUCCACUGCCCAGCCUCACAGAGACAUGAGCAUGGACUGUUGUUUAAAAGUCUCUUACAUAUCCCCCACAUUUUAUGGAAGUGCAAUACAAAGUCACCGGAGAGCCCAUGUAAGGCCUCUGUUCCUCUCAGAGUGAUACAACUAUUCAAACUUGGAUCCAGGUAUCCAUCCAUCUCGUCCUUACACUGUCUGUGCCUGAUGCUCUUGGCCACCAGGUUUAGUCACGACUCUCUCCCUGAUUUGUCUCGUUUUCUAGAAAAUCUCAACUUGCCAGCUGCACUGCAGCUAUAAAUAAACAUAUAACUCUUUGUAACAGGCACUGACAAGCCUCAUGUGGCCCUGCUGGAGAAAAAUGGGGCCAAGUGUUGUGUGUGGGGAUGACAAUCUUGCACCAGUCAGGGGGUUUGGAGUUAAUGAAUGAUUUAUUUUCCUGAUGCAACAGAAUGAAGCAGAGCAGCAGGCACGCACACACACACGCACGCACACGCACACAUACAAAGAGUUCACUUCAAGUGUCUGUUUUUAAAUGAUGGAAAAGGCUUCAAUGUUUCAGUGUACAGGGCUCACAUUUCAUUUCUUAAACUCGUAUCUGUGAGUGGAAGGACCUGACGAAUUGACCCUUUUUCUGCAUCACAUCUUUCCUGAAAUGUGUCUUGUCUUGUAAUUGUGAAUGAUGUGGAAGUAAAGGUUGAAUCUGAACUUUGGGAGGACUUGUGUAGUGGACACGGUCUACCACAGUUUUGAUUUUACUUCUCAGUCUAGACAUGAAGAAGAUGUAUCGACACUCAGCAGUCUGAGUUGAGCUGUCUGUCCAUGACCACCAUCUUGUGUCCCCCAGGCGAGAGUUACCUCUGGAAAAAAGGUGCCACAACUCUUUCUACACAAAUUUAAGAAAUGUAACUUAUCUCUGGAGACAACUUAAACAUAAUUGUUCUGCAGCUGGCAGGUCGAGAAUCGAUUUUUUUGGGUCUCCACCUGUGGUUUAAAAAGAAACAGACACAGUGCUAAUGUGUUUUCUGAGAGUUGUGGCUGUUUUUCCUAAACGAUUUAAAAUGCUUCCAACAGCUGGCUUUAAGAUAAGAAGCAUCUCGCUUUUUUUUCUGCUUUUACUUACACACAGAUAAACAGACAGCGUUUUAAGAUUCUGGUCAAUGUGUACAAGGAAAAGCCACUGAAUAAAGGUGAUUGUUGUAGUGGUA